AGGAAGGCCAGAACAACAAGAAAGCGAGCAGUAGGAAAGAAAAGGGGGGCGAACAUAUCGAAACGUACGCACAUCACAUGCGAACUGCCCCCAGAAAAUUCAAAUCCCAACCCAACUCAACUACCGAAACCUAUUUCUCAAGGACCGGAUUAGGACGAGCGGCAGCCGUGUAGCGGGGCGCGCUUGGAAUUCUCGAUCUGCUCUCCAAGGGCCCUCCUCUCGACCGAAUCGAAGCUUCGGCGGGGAUAGAAGGAGAAGGAGUAGGUGGACGGCCGCGGGGCCCUGGUUAGGGUUUGGAGGUGGUCGUCGGCGCCGGCGGGGAGGGAGAUGGAUCCGGAGCAGACGUUCCUGCGGGUGCACGCCCGCCUCUCGGGGAUGCUCUCGCAGCUGCUCACGCCGCGGAUCCGCCUCGCGCUCGAGUACCUCUACCUCGCUGGCGCCGUCGCGCUCUUCUGCCUGCUCGUUGUCAUGCACACCAACUUCGUGCAGCAGCCCGGCUGCUCGAGUGAGUUUUCUGGGAUCGAAUUUGGUGAAGCACAACUUGUCCAGAUCAAGAUAAUCAGUGGGGGCCUAUGGGCCAGCAAAGGUGCGUCUUAUAUUAUGGAUCUCCAGAACCUGGGGCGUUCAGCUGAGAAAAUUCUAGAGGUUAAUGGUGAUAAGUUCAAUAUUUUGGCAUCUAAGUUUUGGUCGACUUGGGUUGGUCCUGGAGCUAGAAGGAGUAAGAUUAUGUUUAGAACUUGGAAGGGAGACAAAGAAUUUGAACCACAGUCAGAAACUGCCGCUGACGCAAUUGUUACUGCAAUCAUUCCAGGAGUACCGGAGUUGAAGACAACUGGAGAGGGUUCUGUACAUCAUCCUUUAUCUGCUAAAGAAUCAUUUAAAGCUGCAGUUUCAUAUUUAGUCAGAAAGUGGUACUCUCGUGUUUUCUUAUUUUGGAGGAACAUAAAGCAAUUUUCAGAUAAUACUCUCCAACUAAUGGUCAGAUCAAAUUGGAACGACUUCCUCCACAUCAUUAAGGAUCUUCAAUUACCAAGCAUGGAACAUCUUCUUUCAACUAUAGUGCAGUGGUUUGAGAGAAGAAGCAAAGCAUUUGAGCCCACAUAUUUAUAUGGUGUGGAGAAGGGAUAUUUCUUGCUUUCAGAAGGGGCUAAAAUUCGUCAUGGAGUCCGAACUAUAAAUAUCACAAUUUCUGCUCGAAAUCCUUGCUUGGGAAAUAGGUGGCAGCAACUUUUAAUCAACAGCAUUGUUGGCUAUGAUACUAUACUUACAAACAGCUUAGUGAAUUCUCCUGGUCAUGGUUAUCUAUAUAACUUUCAGACAAAAGAGCUUUAUGAUCUCAGUUACGGUCAUGAACCACCAGCAGGUCCUACAAGAUUUGGAGAUUAUUUUGUGACAAAAUGUGGUGUCCUUCUAAUGUCACUCUUUGUUUUCUUCACAACCACCAUGUCUGUUUCAUUUACCCUGAGAGAAACACAAUCCCGCAUGCUUAGGUUUACAGUGCAGCUUCAACAUCAUGCACGGCACCAGCUGCCCACAUUUCAGCUGAUAUUCGUUCAUGUCAUUGAAUCGUUGGUUUUUGUUCCGAUUAUGAUCGGGAUCCUCUUUUUUCUUUUUGAGUUCUACGAUGACCAGUUGCUCGCAUUCCUUGUGUUGACUCUUGUAUGGUUAUGUGAGCUUUUCACAAUGAUCAGUGUGCGGACAUCUAUAUCAAUGCAGUUCUUUCCGCGCUUUUUCUUGUUGUAUUUCCUGGUUUUCCACAUCUACUUCUUCUCGUAUACCUACGGCUUCUCAUACCUGGCUUUCUCUGCGACUGCUGCAUUCAUGCAACAUCUAAUCUUAUACUUUUGGAAUCGUUUUGAGGUGCCAGCCCUUCAGAGAUUCAUUAGAAGCCGAGCUCAGAUUCACCAACAGACUGGUGUUCAGAUUACAUCCUCUACCAUCUACACUACGUCGACAUUACAUUUUGCAAGGGUAAAUGUGAGGGACCCUAACACAAUAAAUGAUGGCCUUGGUGCUGCUCAUGAAGCAGAUACCCUUCUGGCUCAGGAUGAACCUAACAGGAAUCAACAAGAGGACCAGCUAAAUGAAAAUGUCGAGACAGCAGCGAGCAACCCUCUCCAAUAUCAAGACCAAAAUCCUCCGCAAGCUGGCAAUGCUCCUGCAGGCUCCGGUUCCUUGAAUCCAUUUGGUUCCCUUUUGCUGUGGUUGUUGGGCGGCGGUGCUUCUGACGGCAUUGUUUCUUUCUUCUCCAUGUUCAGAGAUGUCCGUGAUCAUGGUCAGGAUUACACUGAUCCACCUCGAAAUGAAAAUGAACAGGUGACCUAGAAACAUGAAGAUGAAAAUGGAGAAGUGGAGAACGAAAUGCCAAACCGGGGUGGGUGAUUGAGCGAAUGUGCUCUGCUUUUAAGCUGAUACUGCACCUACAUGCCCCCUUCAAAGGAUAAUGACGAAUAUGCAUAGCAGCUUACAGACAGGUGUCGGCUGGAAAUGCCAAGUUAUCUCUGAUCUGUCCAUGUUUCAUUUUGGUUGUUGGGUAAGGCUGCUGAAUUGUAUCUAUAUCAUGACAUGUACAUUCCUACCGUCUGAAUGGGGAAGCCCGUUCAAGUCCUGUACAGAAAUGUUCUUCAACUCGCUUCAUUGUGGGUGCUGCGCAAUUCUUUUUGUUCUCCUAUAGGUCGGAGGUGCAACAUGUGUAUUGCAGUUGUGGUGUGCAUCAUUGAAUGCUACCAACGAAUGGUAUGACUUGUACUAUCACAUGUUCCAGCUCAAUGCACAUUCAUUACUUGGUAACUC